AUGGAUACACUGAAUCAAACAAGAGUGACUGAAUUUGUCUUUUUGGGACUUACUGAUAACUGGGUGCUGGAGAGAAUACUAUUCAUGGGAUUUUCAGUCACUUAUGGGCUAACUCUACUGGGGAACAGUCUCAUCAUAGUUACCAUCGUCCUUACUGCACGCCUUCACACUCCCAUGUAUUUCUUCUUGAGUAAUCUUUCCUUCAUUGAUAUCUGCCAUUCAUCUGUCACUGUGCCCAAAAUGCUGGAAGGCUUCCUUUUAGAAAGAAAGACCAUCUCCUAUGACAACUGCAUUGCACAACUCUUUUUCCUACAUCUUUUUGCCUGUGCAGAGAUCUUUCUGCUGACUAUUAUGGCCUAUGAUCGCUAUGUAGCCAUCUGCAAUCCGUUACACUACCCCAAUGUGAUGAACAUGAAGGUCUGUGUACAACUUGUCUUUGCUCUCUGGGUGGGAGGUACUAUUCAUUCACUAGUGCAGGCCUUCUUGACCAUUCGUCUACCUUACUGUGGCCCCAAUAUUAUUGAUAGUUACUUCUGUGAUGCGCCUCCUGUCAUCAAACUGGCAUGCACAGAUACAUACCUCACUGGAAUGCUAAUUGUAUCUAAUAGUGGAACCAUUUCCCUUACCUGUUUCUUGGCUUUGGUUGCUUCCUACACAGUCAUCUUGGUUUCCCUGCGUAAACAGUCAGCUGAGGGGCGCCGGAAGGCCCUUUCCACCUGUUCAGCUCACUUCCUGGUGGUUGUCUUCCUUUUUGGGCCGUGUAUCUUUCUCUAUACUCGACCAAACAGUAGUUAUUCCAUUGAUAAGGUAGUGUCUGUUUUCUACACAGUUAUUACGCCUUUGCUGAAUCCCCUCAUUUAUACCUUGAGGAAUGAAGAGGUAAAAAGUGCCAUGAAGCAAGUCAGACAGAGACAAGUUAUUUUUAUGAAAUCAUUCACAUGA